AUGAUGUGGUAAGAAAUAAUAACAAUAGAAAAAAAGUAAAAACGUCGGGACUAUCCUCCCAGACCCAUAGUUUGGAGAGAUGCGUCUCCCAACCACGCCUCUCCUCAUCAGAGUUUCUUGCCGUCGAGCCAACUCAAAACUCCCGCCAACUCUCCAUCAACCUCAAAUUUAUCUCUUCAUCCAGAUUUCAAUGCCGAUUCCAAUUCUAAAUAAUCCCUAAUCUGCUUCAAACAUUCUUUCUAUUAACAUAUUUCGAUUUCAAAUAUAUCUCCUCUCCUCUCCUCUCUUACCAUGGAUGUGGGUGACCUCAACAAAGUUUGGGAAAUUAAAGCCCUGAAGAAGGCUGGAGAGAAAGAAGCAAAGGACAUGCUCGAGAGAAUCGCCAAACAAGUUCAACCCAUUAUGCGUAAACAUAAAUGGCGAGUCAAGGUUCUUUCGGAGUUUUGCCCAAAAAAUCCUGCACUUUUAGGGUUAAAUGUGGGACGUGGAAUUCAUGUGAAGUUGAGGCUUCGAAGGCCAAAUAGGGAUGGGGAUUUCUUCCCCUUCAAUCAAGUUUUGGAUACAAUGUUACACGAGCUUUGCCAUAAUCUUCAUGGUCCUCACAAUGCCAAUUUCUACAAGCUUUGGGAUGAGCUUAGAAAGGAAUGUGAGGAGUUGAUCGCUAAGGGAGUUAGUGGUACAGCACAGGGAUUUGAUCUCCCAGGAAGGCGUUUGGGUGGUAAUGUGCGCCAACCCUCUCUUUCUUCCCUCCGCAAAUCUUCCUUAGCUGCUGCAGAAGGAAGAAGACGUUUGGGAUCUCUACUUCCAUCUGGGCCUAAUCGACUUGGUGGUGAUAGCAACAUCAUGGUUGCACUAAGCCCUGUACAAGCAGCUGCAAUGGCUGCAGAAAGGAGGCUUCAGGAUGAUAUUUGGUGUGCUUCAUUUCAAGGAAUGCCUGUGGAUGAGGAUUGUUGUCCUCAUUUUCCAUCAGAAGCAGCACAUUCCUCCCAAGCCGGUAAAUCAGGACCCUUUCACAAUUUAAGUAAGAGUGUGGACGCAUUACACCAGAAAAGAUGUCGUGAGUCAGAAAGGAGUUUUAACAAGUCUUCCAAUGGUCGUCUGGAACCUGACUUUGUUGAUUUAUCCAAAGAUAAUGCAAUCCCUGGUUCCUCUGCUGACUAUAGUGCUGAAUCAAAUAAGCGCCAUAAACUGCCAGAUAGAAUUUCAUUUCCUCAAUCUUCUGCAGAGACUAGCUCAAUAGAUUUGUCCUGUUCAUCCUCUAAUUUGAUGGCAAGAAAUGAUGGAACUAUUCAUCCUGGAGAACUUUCCAUGUGGGAAUGUGGAAAUUGCACCUUACUAAAUCCACCACUAGCUCCAAUAUGUGAGCUCUGUUUCUCGCAAAAGCCAACAGAUUCUGAUACCAGAUACAAAUUCUGGUCAUGUAAAUUCUGCACCUUAGAAAACAGUGUGAAGUUGGAGAAAUGCACAGCAUGUGAUCAAUGGAGAUAUUCUCAUGGCCAGCCGGUUUCUACUCGAGGACCAAAUCUCGGCACUUGAGAGUCUUCUGGUAUAUCCUUUUAGAAUAUAUUGUUCUUGAGUAGUUCCCCCACGCUCUUCCCAGGUAUACUUUCCCACUUCCAUUAAUCACACAGCGUACGAAGGAGAAACCGGUGUCAUCGUCUGGUGAGGCUCGAUGAUGUGCUGCUAUUGCUCCAUAGCUCUCUGCUGUAGAAGUUAUCACACAUUGCUGAGUUUUGAAGAGAGAAGAUCAAUAUCAGAUGGAGAGGUUGCAAAGAUUGAAAGAUCAAAAGGUUACAUUUGUCAAUUUGACCUUCUUAGAACUUAGAUUCAAUUCGAUCAGUAUAAUUUUAGGAGUCUUAAUUUAGUUCCUUUGAUAUAUUUAAGUUUCACAGAUCGUCUUGGGUACUUCGAACCAUUGUCAUAUCAGCUCUCUGCUAUGAUAUAUUUUAGGAGUUUUGAUUUAGGAUAUAUUAAAAUACAAGAAAUUUUGUCGAUCUUUGGUUGGUUAACGACAAGAAAUCAAUGUCAAUUUAUAACCCUAUUAUAAUUAGGAAAA